UCUUCUCUGGUCUUCAUGGACUUCCCUGGCCACACAGAGACAUGAGCUUAUGUGGAGGAGCCGCGCUGCUGCUGCUGCUGCUGCUGCUGCUGCUCGGCCGCUGCUGCUGCACCGCACCCGGCAGGACAGUGUGCCAGGGGAUGCAGAACUACCUGACCCAGCUGGGGACUCGUGAGCAUCACUAUGACAACAUGGUGAAGACCUACAGCAACUGCACCGUGGUCCUGGAGAACCUGGAGGUCACCUACACCCUGGAGCACCAGGACCUGGACUUCCUGCAGGGCAUCCAGGAAGUGGGCGGCUACGUCCUGAUCGCCAUGAACGAGGCGGCCGCCGUGCCGCUGGCCGGCCUGAGGCUGAUCCGGGGCCAGAACCUGUACCAGGACCGCUUCUCCCUGCUGGUUCUGUCCAACUACCACCGGAACCAGAGCAGUAGGGCCUACAGCGGGGGGGUGAGGACGCUGCUGCUGAGCAGCCUGACAGAGAUUCUGAAGGGAGGCGUAAAGAUUACCCACAAUCCCUUGCUGUGCAACACUGAGACCAUCCAGUGGGGGGACAUCCUGGAGAGCAACGCCAGCGUGGUCCUCAAGGGGGACGCCACCCCCACGGCCUCAUGUGAGCCGUGUGACCCGCGCUGUGAUACCGGCUCGUGUUGGGCCGCUGGACCGGAUCACUGCCAGAGAUUCACCAGGCUCCAGUGUGCGCAGCAGUGCAGUCGCAGGUGUCGAGGCCCCAAACCCAGCGACUGCUGCAACGAGCACUGUGCAGCCGGCUGCAUCGGACCCCGAGCCACCGACUGUCUGGCCUGCAGGGACCUGAACGACGACGGGACCUGUAAGGACGCCUGUCCCCAUCUGACCCUCUACAACCCCAAGACCCAACAGGAGGUCCACAACCCCAACGCCAAGUACACCUACGGGGCCAGCUGCGUGGAGGCCUGCCCACAUAACUACGUGGUGGCUGGAGGGUCAUGUGUUCGGACCUGCAGCGCCGGGACGCACGAGGUGGAGGAGAAGGGGGUCCAGCGCUGUAAGGACUGCGAUGGACCCUGUCCUAAAGUCUGUGACGGGGUGGGGGUCGGUUCUCUGAUCAACACCAUCGCUGUCAACGCCUCCAACAUCGACUCCUUCAGGAACUGCACCAAGAUCAUCGGGGACAUCUCGCUCAUCGCGACCUCCUUCACCGGGGACCCGCACUUCAAGAUCCCCCCCAUGGACCCGGCUAAACUGGAGAACUUCAGGGCGGUGAAGGAAAUCACAGGCUUCCUGCUGAUCCAGACCUGGCCACAGAACAUGACCUCUCUGUCGGUGUUUGAGAACCUUCAGAUCAUCAGAGGAAGAACCACGCGGGGGUGA